AUGGAUGGCAAAUCUGCUGCUGCUGCUUUGGUUCUCUACCUGGUCUUAACAGCAGGGUCUGAAGGCAAGGCCCCGGUGAAGACAGAGGGAAAAAGCUUCCCAUGCCUGUGCAGAAGCACCCAUUCCAAGUUCAUCCCUCUCAAGGCUAUUCAAAAUGUGAGAUUAAGCCAAAGGGGACCUCACUGCAAACAUGAGGAAAUCAUAGCUGAGCUGAAAGGUGGCAGACAAGUGUGUUUGGAGCCCACUGCUCCCUGGGUCCGGCUCACCGUAAAGGCUAUCUUGGCCAGGGCCAGAGAUAACACUGAGUCACCAGUCACAGAAAAGUCAAGGAAAAAUACACCUUGGAGUUUUUCAAGGAUAUGA